AUGACAGCCCUCGCCUACUUCCGGUUGGGGUUGAUGGAUACACCUUGUGGGAGGGGCCGGGCCAUGCAGAUUCAGAACAGGCUCUCCGCCUGGGUACCGCAGAGGCGGGGAGGGUCGUCCGAAGGGGCGGGGCCUGUUGGGAAGCCCGCCCCUUCGCAGAGGCACCUCGUGCAGCCGCCCCAGCCUGCGCCAGACGGGGAGAGCGGUUCUGGCGCCCGGACGUGGCUCGGGCCGCAGACGCUGCCGUGUGCCAGGCGCCCCCACCCCACAACUCACCCACCCAGGAAGAUGCUGAGAUCAACCAUCAGCCUCGCUCUGCUUUUGGCAGUGCUCCAAGUCAGCCAUGGCCAACGGAUCAAAAGACUAACGGCUUGUUUGAGCGAUCAAACCCUGCGGAUAGACUGUGCCUAUGAACGGAAAACUACCAAUCCUCUAUCCUAUGAAUUCCGCCUGUCCAAGGGCACCGGUGAUGGAAUAGUGGUGGCCGGCAACUCCAAUGUAGCCAGCGCUCCCUACAAGCUUCGGACCAACAUCAUUACCAGCAACGACCUUGUGUGCCUGUACCUCAAUGGCUUCACAACCAGCGAUGAGGGAGUCUACACCUGCAAGUUGAAGAUCACCAAUGAUUAUGAAGACAUGCAGUCCAAGAACAUCUCUGUGGUCAAAGCCCAGUUGGCGAGAUGCGCCGGGAUCAGCGUCUUCAUCCAGAACACCUCCUGGCUCCUCCUGCUCCUCCUGUCGCUCCCAUUGCUGCAAGCUGUGGAUUUUGUGUCGCUUUGA